AUGUCGAUACGCGUCAGCGGCGUCUACCUGGUGCCCAGCCCGGCGGCCAACAACGAGCCCGGCAACGAGAAACCAAGCAACAACCUCUCCAUCGUGGACAACAGUCUGCAACAGCAGCAGCAACAACAGCAUCAUCACCAUCAUCAUCAUCAUCAUCAUCACGCGGCCAAGACCGUGACGAUCGUCGCCGGGCCACAGAGGAGCAACAGCCUGGAUUAUUUAAAUUUCGAGGAGAAACGGCAGAUCAUCGCCUCGUCGUUGUCUCUCAGCGAUUUCCUCGCUCAUGGGCCCGCGGCCGCUGCCGCCGCCGCGAAGGAGGUCGCUGCCAACACCGUUAUAGCUACCGAUCUCUUUAAACGUGAAAUUAAAAGAGAAGCGGAGCACUCUGCUAAAAGUGAGAUUCAAGCAGUGCGCUCGAGGCAGCAGCACUCGAGUAAUACGCUCGAAAGAAGUCGCUCUAAAGAAAGAAUAUUCCCAUGGCAAUUUUCAUGCAUAGAAUCCAAAGUAACGGAAACGCUGGUCUAUUCAGCCCAUUAG